AUGAUAUCAGUUCAAAGCAAGUCUUCAUCAACAAACUCAAAUAGCAAUAAUAUUAGAAAAGUAUCCGAUAAGGAUAUUCAAAGAAUGAAUGAAAAGGAUAGAGUAUUCAGCAUUCUUGAUAAUGAAGUUAUUGCCAUUGACAUUUUUCCAAAGAGUAAUGUCUUUCUAGUCAAGUGUAAUUGGGAAGAAUGCAACAAUUUACAACAAGAAUCGAACAAAUAUGCUCAUCUCAAUAUCAACAAGAAGGCAAAGUACAUUCUUAUUGACACUGCUACACAUGGUGACGAAUUGGAAUUGAUAAAACAAUUGGAUAAAGUAGCAGGAAUCACACCAAAUGAUCUCUCCUUAAUUCUCAUUACACAUGCUCACUUUGAUCAUGCAGGUGGAGCUUGGUAUUUCAAAAAGCAUUACCCCCAUGUGCCAAUUGCUUGCCCAGAAUAUGAGGCUGACUUGUUGAGGAAGGGAGAAGGAGCUCCAAGUGUUCCAGCAGGAAUCUCUGCAAAGAUAUUGAAAAUUAGAGGUGACAGAAAGAUCAUCAUUCCAUUCGAACCUGAUUUGACCUUUUGGGGAGGAGAAAGCUUGGAGGAGUUUGGAGUCAAGGCCACUUUGAAGAAUAUGAAAGGUCAUACUGAAGGUUGUUUGGUGGUCUUGAUGGAUAACAAGAAGGCAGCCAUUAUUAAUGAUAUUAUGGGAGGAGGAUUCAUUUCGUAUGGAAAACCAGCUUAUCACUUCUACCUAUAUGAUAAAGUCGAAAUUGUAAAGAGUGUCAAAUGGGCCUAUGAAGAGGGAUAUCAAACAUUUUUAGUGACUCAUGGUUUUGCAUUCACUAGAGAACCAUUAGGACCAUGGUUAAAGAAACAAAUAAAAAAACUCAAAAUGUAA